UUAAAAGUAAGUCCUACAUUGUGUGAUCUUCCACGAGCACAGGGCAGCCCUAAUUGAAGGCCGCGAGUUCUCUUCCUUCUUUUUACAAUUACGUAAUUCACCAAACCAUUUCCCUUUCGAUUCCACCAAAAACCGGUUGAAAUAAUCUCUAUCUCGUUUGCGAAUCAGAUAUCUUUCUCAAAUUGAAAAUUUACUAUUGUUUGGCCUAAAUACUUUGGCCUCCUAGCUAAUGGAGAAAGGAACACCCCCUAGCCUUUUUGUUAAUGAUGGCUCCUUCAUGGAGAGGUUUAAACAGCUUCAACAAGGCAAAGACAAGGAAAAGGAGCGGGAGAAAGGCACUUCAUUAGUAGAGGAGUAUAAACCUGUCAAGAUUGUAUCAGGGACUUCAACUCCUAAAGUAUCUAUAAGAAAACCCAUUGUGGAUAUACAGAAGACCAACUCUGCUGCAUCAGGCGGCAAACUUGCUUUCAGCUUGAAACAAAAGUCUAAGGUUGUGGCACCUCCUGUUAACUUUGGUGCAGAUGAGGAUGAAGAUGAGACUGAUGCUGAAAAUGGUUCAGGUGAUGCUCCAGUGAAACGGCAGAAGUUGGGUCAGCCAGAGGCAUCUGAGCAAUCAUCAAAACAAGUUGCAGUUGCACCACCUUCCCCAAGUGAUCCUACUGUGAAGAAAGUUGCAGACAAAUUGGCAAGUUUUGUUGCCAAACAUGGAAGGCAAUUUGAGCAUGUAACGCGUCAAAAGAAUCCAGGAGACACACCAUUUAAAUUCCUUUAUGAUGAGAGUUGUGCAGACUACAAGUAUUAUGAAUACCGACUUGUAGAAGAGGAAAAAGCUCUUUCACAGACCAUGGAAACUCAGACGCCUCACAGUGGUGGUACAAGCACUUCAGCCUCUAAAUCUACCAAUGUUUCUCAAAAGUCUCUUCAACAGCAAAAUUAUCAAAUCCCUGCCUCAGCUUUAUAUGAAACUGCUGAAGAGCCAAAAGCUUCUCUGGCUUCAACUCAAGCAGUUUCAUCAGGAAGGCCUGGCAAUGGUGAAUCUAGUGGACCACCUAGUGCUGAUCCUAUAGCUAUGAUGGAAUUUUACAUGAAGAAGGCUGCUCAGGAAGAAAAAAGGAGACAGCCUAAACAGUCAAAGGAUGAGAUGCCCCCUCCUCCUUCCCUUCAAGGUCCACCUUCUAAAAGAGGUCAUCACAUGGGUGAUUACAUUCCACUAGAAGAGCUUGAGAAGUUCAUGGUUAACUGUAAUGAUGCAGCUGCACAGAAAGCUGCAAAAGAGGCUGCAGAUAGGGCAAGAAUUCAGGCUGACAACAUUGGCCAUAAGCUUUUGUCCAAAAUGGGUUGGAAAGAAGGUGAGGGCCUGGGGAGCUCCAAAAGUGGAAUUGCCGAUCCAAUCACAGCAGGUGAUAUAAAGACAAACCAUUUGGGGGUUGGUGCACAUAAUCCUGGGGAGGUAACUCCUGACGAUGAUAUAUAUGAACAGUACAAGAAGCGAAUGAUGCUUGGCUACCGGCACAGACCAAAUCCUAUGAACAAUCCCAGAAAAGCAUACUACUGAGCGGCUUUUCAUUCUGUCAUCAACUCAUCAUCUGUUGAAUAUUGCCAAAAGGAAAUAACUAGAUGUUAAAGCUACUUGUUAUUUGUGAGAAAAGGAAAAUUAGGUUUGUUGAUUCGCAAUAGAACAAAUGGGUUUGGUGUUUGUUUUGAUGAAAUUGAAUGCUUACAGAAUUGGUAUAUAUAUGCUAUCUUAAGAUUUGAUUAA